GUCACAUAGACUCGCUGCAAAGUGCAAGGGCCAACGACGCGGUAAGUAUUGACUCCUCUGCAGUGUAGCUGUGUCUCCACGUAUGCUCCGUCCCGUCGUCAUGACCUACUGCUGUUUGGUUGCCUUCCUGCUCCUUGCUUUCAUCUGCGCUGGUGCGAAAGUCAGAAUGAGAGACUAAAUUUUACAGGUGCCAUAUACCACACGGACACACAAACCUAUGAAUACCAAGUCAACAUUACCCAAAACACUCUAAUGAACCAGACAAUUCUCACCGCACAAUGUACUGACAGAGAAGACCGCACGGCCAUUAUAACCUACUCCCUCCCUUCACCUCUUGCCAGCUCACCGCCGCAGUAUUUCAGUAUAAGCCAAGAGACUGGGGAGGUGAAGCUAGCUGUUGAUAGUUUAACGCUUGAAGAUGGUAGAAGGUAUGAUGCCCGGAUUCGUUGCUCUUCAAGUGCAUACAGUUCAGAUGUGACAGCGUCGCUUAGAGUGCACUACCGACUCAAGAAUGAGUUUUCACCUGUUUUUAGCAUUUCAAACCAACUGCAGCUUUUUUUCACCGAAAAUAACGACAUUUCCGGAGACAAUGCCAUUAUUUAUGAUUUUAAUGCUACCGACAAUGAUCGCGGAGCCUGUGGAUUAAUAAGUUACUCCAUAACGUCGAGGAAUGCCGACCUAUUCCAAAUAAACAGCACCACUGGUGUACUCUCAUUCGUUGGGCCGCUCGACCGAGAGACGAGGGAUCAGUACACGGUGUUAAUACAAGCCAGUAACCCUCUCUGUCCAACAGACGAGGUCAACAGAAUAGCACGUAGUAGUGUGGACAUAAGAGUUGUAGAUGCAAACGACACACCGCCACAGUUCACCCAGGUUUUAUACAAUGCAAACAUCAGCGAGAAUACAAAAGGAAGACAUUUACUUCUCAAAGUUGUUUGCAAUGAUCCGGACACCAAUAGCCAAGUCUCAUAUUUUCUACAAGACCCGCGACCAGACCCUUUUUUCAUGGACCAUGAAGGAAACAUCUUUGUUGAAGAAACUUUUGACUACGAAACUACUCCGUCGUUUUCAUUCUUAGUAUUCUGCAGAGACGAGCGAGGGAGUGAGGGCCAAGUUGGUAAUGCCACUGUUAACGUUGCCAUUAUUCCUGUAAAUGAGUAUCGACCAACCUUUACGCCAAGUUCUCUGGUGGUCACUCUCCUUGAUAUAGCUCCUGGAGGUACCGUGAUAGUUGCGCCUGUGGAACAAGACUCAAAUGCAAUGAAAACUUACACUGUCACUGACAAGGAUCGUGGCUCGAAUCACGGCGAAUACAAUUUCACCAUUAGUUUUACAGAUGGGAGCAAUUACAGUGAAAACUUAGAUUUCGACUACAAAACUGGAAUUCUUCGUUUGAAGCAAAAAUUUGUAAAGACUGCAUGUGGACAAGAUAAUGGAGGUGGAAUUUCUGCAAGAAUUUCAGUUCGGAUUACUGCUUGCGACAUACACAACUUACCAUCUUGUGAGAUUCUUAAUGUAGAGCUGUUUGUGUUGACAAGUAACUGCACCGUGUACUUUCCUCGGAAUUCCACAGAUAUCUCGGUGAGUGAACUCACACCAUCGGGAGAAAUUAUACUUUCACUUCCCUGUGAAGACCAUUCGAACUACACAAACAAAACUGUCACGAUAUCAUCACCAAAUAAUGACAACGAUUCAAACAAACAUUUCUCAUAUAAUUCAAAGAGUGGAAACUUAUACUUGUCGGCGCCUCUUGAUUACGAGGUUAAAGAUGUAUUUUCAAUCCAACUCAUUUGUAAAAACGACUACAACACGACUGCUUCAGUACAUGUAGCGGUUAGUGUGUUGCCGGAGAAUGAAUACCGACCAGUUUUUGAUGAAUCGGUCUACAUUGUAAGAUUGGAUGAUCAAGUUGAAACGUUGCCAUUGAGUAUUGAACAAAUUACUGCUAAUGAUAGGGACAGGGGGGUUGGGGGAAAUCUGACAUAUUCACUAGCUGAGCCAAGUCAGUACUUCACCAUCAGUCCAGAUGGUCAACUGUUGUUGUCGCAAAUCCUUCCUGAGUCUGAGACUUUAUUCUGGAUUGUGGCUAUCGUUAGCGAUGGAGAAUUUUCAGCCAACGCGACAAUAAUAAUCGCAACUUCGAGUCAAUCGGUGAAAGCUGAAGAUUCAGAAUAUUAUACAGUUCUCGUUGUUGUAUUUUCAGCCACGUUCAUUUUCGUUGUCAUUCUCCUGCUCCUCUCCUGGUCGUUGGUUUGUCACUUGCUGUGUCGACGGAGCAGAAAGAAAAGAGUGCGACACACUUUCAGUGAACCCAACAACAGACAGAAUUUGGAUUUCCGUCAUUACAGCAUGUCUAGUGGACACCCACCAAUAGAUUGCACAGCACUCGACAGUGCAGCGUUCCCAAACGACCCUUCUUUCAAGAGCAGCAACACACUCCUGAGCACUACAAAGACUCACACCCAACCACAAGAGCCUGAGUAUGAGACUAUUCUCUGCAAAGCUCAGAAUUACUCAGAGCCGGUCAAGGCGAAUAACAAGCACAUGUCUGUUACAUCUCACAACAGCACCGAUUGCUACGUCUCAAUGCAGAACCCUACAGAAGCCUUCGGUCAAAACGAGUACACCAUCCAGGGGCUAGAAGAACAAGAUGCAGUACUGUCCAGGGAUGGUAGAAAUAGCUCUACUGCAAGUCGAAAUGUACACCCACUGUUGAAAGCUAAUGCUAGCGUUGGGGAUAUGGAAUCGUCGCUUGAAUUCGGAGGUGCCAUUGAAACAUCGCUCGAGUUUGGUGGGACGAGAGGUAUAUCACUUGAUUAUGCAGGGCCAUCUAGAUUGUGUGAGGGUGGCACAUUGCCCCGGAUACCAAGCAGGGGAAAAUUUCGAAACGAUAUCUGAACUGGGUGAGAGUCAAUUGGAAUACCGCGACAGGCAACCUUCGUUUGCAGAUACUGACUAUAACAAAAACUAGACAAAGCAAGAAGAACUGUAAACAUAGUUUGUGAUUGACAAAACACUGGUUUUUCAGCACCG